GGAAGAAAUUGUUUGCAGCACCAUUUCGGUCAUGCGACAUGACCGAAAUAGAUUGGAGAUCAGACCCGUGAUCUCUCCUAUGUCAAAUCGGUUCGAACUCUUCUUUUCGGUCUAAAUGUUGUAGACCUACCGUCUCCAUCUGACGAUGCUGUAAGUACAAGCAAACGUGAAAGCUUCAAAAGACAAGUGGCAUUGGUUGAACUAUUGGGUGGAAGACUUAUUAUAAGGCUUGGAAAACUGAGGCGCAUAUAUUAUCUGAAAUUAUCCCAUAGGUAUGCCAAUUUGGUUCUGCGUCACUGGUGCAAGGAGAUAUCAACCUACACGGAUGCCACACAACUUGUUGAAAGUGGAGCAAUCUCAGUAAUCUACCAAGCAAUUAAGGAUGGCACAUGGGAGAUUGUGGUUGAGAUUCUUCAAGCAAACCCAGAUUUAAUUUGGUGCAAUGAAAAGCUUACAAGAAAAAUGAUAAUCAUGGCAAUCAAAUAUCGUCGAGGUAGUCUUUUAACAUUUGGUUCCGAGCUUGAUGCAGGGAAGAAAGCACUUCUCUCUUUAGGAGAUAAAGAUGGAAACAAUGCGUUGCAUAUAGUAGCCAAGUUACCUGUUUAUCCUUAUGAUUCUGUCGGUAUCCAUGCAGCUUGGGCCAUGAUACGCGAAGAAAGGUGGUUUGAGGAGAUUAAGAGAUACCUUCCAUGCUGGUCUCAUGAAGCCAAAAAUCGUUAUGGUGAAACUCCAGACCAAGUUUUCUACAGGGAACACCAGGAAUUGAUAACAAAUAUGGAGGAAUGGGGAAAGAAAACUGCAAAGUCUUAUAGUCUCGCAUCUGUUUUAAUUGUUACCAUUAUGUUUGCAGCACUCUUUACAGUUCCUGGCGGGAUCGAUGAAAAGACCGGCAUGCCCAAAUUAUUGCACUUAAAACAGUUAUCCGGGUUUCUAAUUUGUGAUGCAGUGUCCUUCAUUACUGCAUCAACUUCAUUUUUCGGAUUCCUGAGUGUACUCACACUAACUUACAAAAGAAGUGGUCCUCGCGGAGCUCUGCCCUUUCAAAUGUUGUUUGCCAUUUCCACCCUCAGCAUUUCGAUAGCAACGAUGAUCCUGGCCUUCAUUUUUGCUCUUGUGAUGAUGUUAGAAAACAAGUGGCGGGUAUUACCAGCUAUUAUAAUAUACCUACUUGUAGUUUUUUACAUCUUGUUGUCUGACUGGCAAAUUCCCACAUUUCUAAGCCUUUUUUUCAUGAUGGUUUUUCGUCCAAGUAGCUAUUUAGAUAGAGCAUAUGGACGGCAUUUGAAGAGUCUUUGAUGUUGUUAACUUACUUUUAUUUUGUUUUUAAACUUGUAAUGUUCUGCCUUUAAGUUAGGAACAUUUUUUGUAAAAAUUAUCGAUGUUCGGAUUUGAUAUGUUUUAUUAAUU